CCUGACUCGCCGCAGACAAUUGAUGUUGUUCCUAGUAGCUUCUUGUUACUAGUAGUAAGGCCAGGAGCUACUAGUAGCUUCUUGCUCCUAGUAGCGAUGCCCUUUGUUAGUUACUUGAUGUUGUUGCGUUCACUAACUCAGCAUGUGUGAAGUUUAUCUCUCGCUGCGUCACAGUCCCGCAGCCCAGUCCAGCACCGGAACGGCGAGCUUGGGUCAUUGAAUGGGGGGGCAGUUUGUUUUGUGUUGAUCAAGCACCAGUCACCGUUUUUCAUUCACACGGCCACUGACACCAUCGCUGAUCGAUCCUUGUCAGCCUGCCAUAGCCUCCCUUGGUGUGCAAGAUACCUUUGUGCGACGCAGCAUGUCGAACAGGGCUGAUGCACCUCUUGGCCAUGAUGCCUACAAGUAUGUGGCUCAACAUGGAAAGCAAUCGCGCGUGAUUAUCAAACAACCCAAAUCUGCGCCGUUGCAGAUUGGUUAUUUUCAGGUCUCGGUGAAGGCUGCAGGAUCGGUGGAGGAAGCCUUGCGGAUUUGCCGUCUUUGUUACAUGUACUUCGAAGAAAGGAAACCCAUGGAGGAGGUCAAACAGAUGAGAGAGAAGCACCUUGCAGAUCUGAACCAAACAAGCUCCGCACCAAGAGAGGCACCAGUUGCUGGCGCAGGCCGAGCGGGCCAGGCCAAGGUGGUCAAGCCGGGAAAACGACGCGUCCUGCAACGACAAGCUUCGCGGAGACGAUUGGUGGAACCCAGCGCGAGAGCACCGGAGCAGUUGGAGAGGCAGACGGGUUCAAAUGAGGAUAUUGAGGGGUGCGACUCGGAUGACUGCCCUUUGGUCCCUCCCUGGGCUGGUGUGCGGAUUUCUCCGCCCAAACCAUCCAGGCCGUCUGAAUUGGAGUCCAGGCCUUCAAAGCGCCCAAGAGCUGAAGCACCGCAGCCGCCGGCGCAGCCGCCGGCGCAGCCGCCGGCGCAGCCCAAUGAGUCGAGACUCGAAGUCAAGGAGGAAGCGACGGAAGAAGUGAUGGACGCCUCUCUACCUCGUCGGCGAGUUGUGUUCCAACGGCCUUCUGGGGCAGAUGAAGCACUUGCAGAAGGAAUGCUCCAGGAGGACUUUGAUGCAGCCGUGCUUUUGCGUGAAGAUUGCACCAUUGAAAGCAACUUCAAAGGUCGGCUCGGCUUGCCGGCCGAUUCGAAUCUCCAUCCCUCGCGCCGAGAUGACUGUGAAUUCUUUGUUGCCACAGAGCCUCACAUCCAUUGCACCAGCUUUUCCCAGAAGUUUGCUGACGCAGUGCCCUUGAAACCCUGGCCCUACGAGACCAACUGCGACUUGUGUAACCACGAGUGUAGUGCAAAACUCUACCACCUCCGAUGUGCCAAGCGAGAUUCCAAUCCUUUGCGUUUUGAGAAAGAUUUGAUUUAUGCCGGGGCUGAAUGCACCAAAGCCUUGCUUCGCCAAGAAAAAACGUCACGCGCGAAGAACAUGCGUGACUUGCAGGAGAAACAGCUGAGCAUUCUUGAGGGAGAGAACUAUAUGGAGGAGUUCGAGGCCAUUAUCAAUGCCCACAGGGACAGACCUGAAAUCCUUCUUUUGAACCUGAAGGCUCUGACGGCCGUUGUGGGCAUGGAACGCCCACGUGACAAUCUGCAGUUGCAGAGGCCCCGGCCGACUGAUGCCAGAUAUGCCCGAAGGCCACCACUGAGGCAGCUCGACAAGCCCUUGGCAGAGAAAGCUUUGAGUGCCCGGCUGAAGCAACUACAGCCCGCAGGCAUGAAGGUGCAAAGAUCCAUUUCUUUGUACGCAGCAGUGGCACGAGCUUUGAAGAUUCCUGACGUGCCCGUCGCCCAAGUUUCUUCUCGCAUCUUUGACCUUUGUCCCUUUCAAGCUGAAGACGAGGAGGGUCUACUGAAAGGCAUUCUGGCAGAAAUCGCUUGCCAUGCACAGGUCUGGGAUGCUGAUGAGACCAGAGACCGCCUUGUGUCAGCGCACCCUGAUCCCAUUGCCAAGUUGCAGCUUUGCUGCAUCUAUGGUCGAUUCCAUGGAGCAGGGGUAGGCCUUGGCCAAGCUGAGCUGGAGAAACUGAAAGCCAAGAUUCCCAAUCUCUUCAGUGCCCCGGCCGAGCAACAUGCAGUCUCUGGCGCGCCGCUUCCGAUUGACCUGGAGGUUCAAGUUGUGCACAGCAGUAGCUCAGAAGCUGAAUCGGAUUCCGAGCCUGAGGAGUUUGGAGGCCCAGGCCGCCGCCAUGAAGGCCAUGAGUCUAGCCUAGCUUUGGCUGAGCUGAAGAAACGUGGUGACUUUGCUAUUCACCUCCUUCACGAUGCCUUGAAGACCAUUGAAGGUAUCAAUCCUGCUCAGGCGAUUGAAGACGGAGGUGCCCGGUCUGCACAAGGCCCGCCACAGCUUGCAAUAGCUGAUGCUGCUGUGCGUCACGAUUUGCCGCCUGCUCCAUGCACAUCAAGCUCAGGAUUGGCAGCAGCGAUCCAGCUGACCAACGAGGACAUGAUCGAGCAGAUGUUUGCUGACAUGGACAGGGCAUCUGCCACUGUUUCACUGGGAAGACCCUUUGUUCUUUCCACUGUUUCAGAUUCAGGCAACGAAGCAAAUCAUAGGCGCUCCAGCGCCGAUGCACCGAGAGUUGACGCGGCUGGUGAACGCAAUGCCAGACCAGUUCUGGGUGCUGUAGACAUCCCCAUCCGAGAUGGAGGCCGCCUGAUCGGAACGGAGGGGCGUCACAUCAAGGAGCUAGAAGCAGAGCACGGGGUCCACAUCAAGGUGCCCAAAAUCGAAUCGGAUGAUGUGGAAGCCAUGAUGACCGUCGAAGUCACAGGUGACGACGAAGGUCUGGAUGCAUGUUUGAGGGCAAUCAAGAACCUCUACCACCUGGAGAGAGUAAAGUUCCAUUCAGUUCAAGACUUCGAGCGCGAUGUGAAGAAGAGUGUGGCUGACCUUAGCAAGCUACACCGUGUGGAGAUGAACUGGAGCCCUGCAACUUGCCACCUUGUGAUCUUCGGACGGCUUGAUUCUGCGCAGAGUGCCGCGAAGGCGGUGCGUUCGAUGCUCGACACCACGAUGGAGGUGGAGAUCGGUGCUGCGUUGGUGCCAGCUUUCGAAGCGAAGCGCAUGCAAAUCAAGCUCAACAAGCGCAAAGGCAUCAGGACAGUUUCAUUGGAAGACGGCGUUGUCCAGGUCAAUGGCAAGGCGUGGGCUGUGGAGCGGGCUUUACACAAGAUCUUCCGGUUCCGGCGCCAGCGCCGGCCUCUUCAACGGAGACGUGGUCCGCGAGAAACCAACCAGGUGAACUCCUUGGACCAGAUCAUCCAGCGCAUUGCGCCAGAUGAUGCUGACGUCAUGAGAGAGAUUUGGCAGGAUAUCUAAUCUAGUGAGCGCCGUGAUUGAUCGCGGAUGCCCGACUGCCUAGUGGAAGUGAUCCUCGGUGCUCCGGGGUCCGGAGCAUGUCGCUUUUUCACAAG